AAUCUAAUUCAUAGAUGUUUUUCAAGUAAAAUUUGAAGUUAUUGAAAGCUUUGGCCGAUUUUUUGGAUUUGGGUAGCAGCCAAAACUUGAUAAUUUGUUGAAGAUAGAGAAUCUCACAAUUGAGUGUAUUUUUAAUGAAGAGGAUAUUCUCCAAGAAUUGAAAGGAACAAGUUCUUCUAAAUUUGCUGAUUUGUAUUACAUCUACGUAAUUUUAGUUUAAUUUAACAUCCCUAAGAAUAUCUGAAGAUGAUCAAUUAUAUAGUUGAAGAGAUUCCUGAUUCAUGUACAGAAAAAAAUAGAUGUAUAAAGUAUGAAUAUAUUUAUAUAAUUUAAGAUACCCAUUUUAUGGAAGUGAGAUACUGGGAUCCGAAAAUGAAAAAUUAAUAAACUUUUUAUUUGAAAAACCAACUGAAUAGCCAUCAGAUGAUGUACGAAAUCCAAUUGAAGAUGAAGAGACUGAAUAAGUAGAGUAAUUAGAAUAGAAUAACAAUGCACAAGAAAAUGAGAUAAUAAGAGCAGGUUUGUUGGAGAAUUUAUUAAAAUUGCUUGAGAGUGAUGCUAUAAUAGUAACAACAGCAGGUUAUUUUGCAAAAGUUGUGAAUGCAAUUAUCCACAAGAAGGGACAUUGUGUAAAUAUUUAUAAAUAACAAUAAGUUUUGGGAACACUUGAAGCAUUAUCCAGAUAUCCUUUCGAAUUUAUUUAAACAUGCAUAUUUAAAACACAUAGUGGAUAUUUUUGAGAAGUUAAUAAUCUUGGAAGAAAACUAUGAGCAAUCGACUGAAUAUAUGAAUGAAAGGUCAGCUUUACUCUAAAGAUUAGUAGUUUUCCUGAAAGGCAAAUAACAUUCUUAAUUGAUAGUUGGAAACAUUUGUGAAUUAUUUGUGGAAUUAUACAAAAAGUCUAUAAAUCAGUUCGAUACUCAGAGUUAAGAAUUAAAAACAAUGUUAGCACAAUUUACAAUUACAACAACACCAGAAUUUUUCAUGAAGUUAGCCUUAGCUACAUAAUAGAGUGUAGUCUAUAACGUGUUGAAUGUGUAAUUUGAAUUUCUGAACAAGUAUUAUCUACAAGACUAAUAACUUGACGUUCUUACCAACAUAACCCAGCUUUACAAACCAGUAAUUUAGUCAUUUGAAAAAGCAUUAACUUAAGUGGAUAGCUUUAAGAUUCCAUUCAUAUCUGCAGAUGGAAUUGAAAUUACACCUUUGGGAGAUGGAAAAUUGCUAAUAAUCUAAUUUAUUGUUUCAUUAGUGAAUAAACCCUAAUUCUAUUCAUAUUUCACUGCUGAAGUAUUUUCUUUGAUAAUUGAUCUUGUGAAAUUGCAUCCAACUAAUAAUUAGUUGCAUCUAUUAUUUGAGAGGUUGAUUGUCGCUCUUGUUGAGACUAAUGAUGAAUACUUACAUAGGUUAAUAUUCGAAGACACCAACCUUUUGCUCUUUAUUAUACAAAAUAAUGAAGAAAAAGCCAGAUAAAAUAAGUUUGGAUUUUAAGGAGUAUUGACUAGACUAUCAAACUAUUUGGAUUGCAAUAAAAAUAAGUCAUCUUCAUUCCAAGUCAGUUUAUAAUUAUGUAUUAAAUUGAUUAUUAUGAAUUUUAGUAUCAACAAUUCAAAUGGAUUGGGAUGAAUAUAUGAAGGGAUUAACUGGUGUCAAUAAGGUAGAAUAAGAAUGGAUUUUGGGAAUAAAUCCAAAGCAAAAAGAAUAAAAAUUUAUAGAAGAGAUAAUAAGUCCAAAUGUCAAAGAGGAAAAUUAAGAAUAGAAUCGUGGAGUCCAAGGAAUCAGAAAAUGCAUAAGUUCUGAUAAUAAUGAUGUUGUGUAACCAAAAGAUGUUGAUCCUGAUGGUGUUGAGAUUGAGGAAGAUAUUGAAUAAGAUUCUGAAGAAAAGUAAAAUGAAGAUGGAACCACAGAAGAGUAGUAAUAAGUAUAGCAAGUAGACACAGAGAAAUAGAAAGAGUUCGAAGAAGAGAUUGUCAAAUAAACCAUAGAAAACAAUAAGGGUGGUUAAGAAAUUAAUUAGGCAGAUGUUGAGACUUAAGAAUAAUAAUAGGUAGAAACAAAACAAUAAGAUGAGAAAAAUGAAGAAGAACAAAUUAAAGAGUAAGAUUCAAAUGAGUAAAUUGAAAAUGAACCUGAUCAAGAAGUUCAACAUCAAGAAUAACAAAAUGAAGUAUUAGUGGCUUAAUCAGAUCAAUAGGAGGAGACAUAGAAAUUGGAAUAAUAAUAAUAAUAGGAAUCAGAGGAAACUUAGGAGAUCAUCUAAGAAAAUGCAGACUUAAAGGAAGACGAAGGGGAAAAGGAAGAAAUUGAAGAGGAAAUUGCUUGUUCAUAGGAUACCUUAGAAGAUCAGGCCAUUAAGAAUGAAGAAGUGCAACAAGUUCAGAAGAUAGAAUAGGAAAAUGAAAAUGAAAAUAAAGAGGAACCUAAAUAGAUAGAAUGAUAUAAUAUUAUUUUUAAUAUUAA